AUGACCGCGUGGAUACUAUUAACCGAGGAAGAAUGGGCAGCUCGUAUGCGCGAGCGGCGACCCGGGAAAGGCUCCUCCAACCGUGGCGUCUACGACAAGCGCCGUGGCAAGGCCUCGCAGAAGAAGAAGGACGGCAACAACGCACGUCCAAUCGAUAAGGACACUUGUCAACGCUGCAGGAUGACAGGGCACUGGGCUCGAGAUUACAAGAAUCCCAAGAAGGAGAAGAGGGAGGCGCACCUCGCGCAGGUGGUCGACGAGGAGCCAGCUCUUCUCAUGGCAACGACCUGCACAUUGCACGACGUCGAGCCAGAGUUGGAGGAAGUCAAGGCGGCAACUACAGAGCAGGGGAAGGCAAUGCAGGUUGCUCACCUCGACGAGUCGAGUGCCCAAGUCCACCUUGGACAAAUGGGCGGUGGCAUGGAGCAGAGGUGGUAUCUGGACUCCGGCGCCAACAACCACAUGACCGGCUCCAAGAAGGCCUUCUCCAAGCUUGAUGACGGCGUGACGGGGACGGUGAAGUUCGGCGAUGGCUCGAAGGUGGAGAUUCGAGGUCGCGGCACCGUCAUCUUCCGGUGUCAGAACGGCAUGUACCGCGCAUUGACGGAUGUGUACUAUAUCCCGUAG